GCAAAUGCGGCUAUCGUUUAUUGUGUUUUGAAACGUGAAGUGAACGUGAACAGCAGUGAAUUCGAAAAUGGCCCGUACCAAGCAAACCGCUCGCAAAUCGACUGGUGGCAAGGCGCCACGUAAGCAACUGGCUACUAAGGCCGCUCGCAAGAGCGCUCCCGCCACCGGAGGCGUGAAGAAGCCUCAUCGGUACCGCCCUGGAACUGUUGCCCUGCGUGAGAUCCGUCGAUACCAGAAGAGUACCGAGCUGCUGAUCCGCAAGCUGCCUUUCCAGCGUCUGGUGCGUGAAAUCGCUCAGGACUUCAAGACUGACCUGCGAUUCCAGAGCUCGGCGGUGAUGGCUCUGCAGGAAGCUAGCGAGGCCUAUCUAGUAGGCCUCUUUGAAGAUACCAACUUGUGUGCCAUUCAUGCCAAGCGUGUCACCAUCAUGCCCAAGCACAUCCAGUUGGCCCGUCGCAUUCGCGGCGAGCGUGCUUAAGUCGAGACGGCUUCAACUGGCUGCCAGUGCGCUUACAUAAUUUGUACAAAUCGGUCCUUUUCAGGACCACAAAUUACAUUCAAUGGGAUACUAAUUUGGAGGCUUUAACAUAAAAUUAAAGAAAAUUAUUUUCCGUCCCGUUUUUUUAAGCGAAUUGAAUAAUUGUUAAUUCAUUUUUCCAAUUUGUACUGCCUUGAUAAAAUUUAAUAGUAGUCGGAAAUUGUCUUUUGAUUUGAGUUCCCGGGGUUUUUUAUGUGACAGCUGCUGUGCGGUACCGAUGGUCAAGACUUUCAAACAGAAAAAAUAAAAAAAAAUACU